AUGGCUACAAAGACAAUUGUUCAACCAAUGCUCAAUGCAAUACCAGAUGAACUUAUCUCCAGAUUCGACCCGGUGUACAUAGAGUACUACAACAAGUACAAUGUCGGUCGCCUGCACACCCACCAAGUACCCAUCGAGCAGUAUCGCGCGGACCCGUCAAAUUACACGAUACAGUAUGGCCGUGCUGACGGAGGAGAGGUCUUUCGGGUCAGUGAGCAGAAAUGUCCUGUGAAGGAUGGAGAGAUCAAUGUUCGUAUCUUCGAUCCGGGUGCUGCUGAUGAGAACGGUGCUCUUCGUCCCGCAUAUGUAAAUUAUCAUGGCGGAGGAUGGACGUUCGGUUCACUGGCAAUGGAUGAUCCGUACUGCCGAAGAGUGUGUAGGGAAGUGGGUGCAGUUUGCUUCGAUAUUGAGUAUCGAUUAGCUCCAGAGUAUCCUUUCCCUACCCCCAUCGAGGAUAGUUGGGCCGCCUUGCAAUGGGUAUUUGAGCACAAAGCUAAAGAGUUUCAAGUUGACCCGAAACGCAUAGCUGUGGGUGGCGUCUCAGCUGGUGGUCACCUCAGUGCCGUAAUGGCACAUUUGGCACGAGAUGCGGGUUUGCCUUUGGCUUUUCAAAUGCUUGCAGUGCCUGGCGUUGAUCUCAACACGGUCACCACCACGGGUGAAAUUUUACCGCACAACCCUUGGAUGUCAUAUCGUGAGCUGGAGUACACUGCAGCGCUUCCGGUUUCACGAAUAACUUUUGUGCUCAACCAAUUCCUAGGCAAUCCACGACAGAAAGGGGUAGAGAAUGACUGGAGGGCAUCACCAAUCAAAGCUCCAAAUUUCAAGAACCUUGCUCCGACUUUGAUGAUAACAGCUGAAUUGUGUCCUCUUCGAGAUGAAGGAGCUGCUUAUGUUGAGAAACUGAAAGAAGGUGGUAAUCAGGUUGAGCAUAUUAUGUACAAGGGUGCUGCCCAUCCAUUCAUGCAAUACGAUGCCAUCAUCGACGCAGGGAGGCAGUAUAACAUUGACACGAUUAGAGCAUUGAAGGCUGCGCUAAUUACUGUCUAA